AUGGCAUAUGACCCUCGUCGAGUAAACAUGGGGAGCACAACUCCCCAAACUCCUCCCCCUCCCCCACCACCACCUCCCGAGUCCGCCAAGAUGGACGAGGCGACGGACUCCAACUCCACCUCCAUUCCGGACUCCUGGAAGCUAAAGUUCUGCACCGUGUGCGCAUCAAACAACAACCGCUCCAUGGAAGCCCACCUCCGCCUAUCCGCAGCUGAAGCCAAGUACCCAGUCAUCUCGUUUGGCACGGGCUCUCUAGUCCGGCUGCCAGGUCCCACAAUCACCCAGCCGAACGUGUACAGCUUCAACACGACCUCUUACAAUCAGAUGUGGGAAGAGCUGGCCAGCAAAGACGAGCGCCUAUACCGCUCCAACGGUAUCCUGAACAUGCUCGACCGCAACCGCAAUCUGAAAUGGGGUCCGGAGCGUUUCCAGGAUUGGGUGCCAGGUCUGCCGCGUGUGGACCACGUCUCCAAGGGUGACAAGGGCGCGCUCGGCACGGAAGCAGGUGUUGUCGAUGUGAUCAUCACCUGUGAAGAACGAUGCUGGGAUGCUGUCGUCGACGAUUUGAUGAAUAAGGGAAAUAACCUUAACCGACCUGUCCACGUCUUUAAUGUCGAUAUUAAGGAUAAUCACGAAGAGGCCUUGUUGGGCGGCAAGGCGAUUCUCGAUCUGGCCAAUGCUCUCAAUGAAGCGGCUGUGGAGCAGCGAGCGAUGCAUGGCUCUGGAGGCUGGGAGAAUGGUACUGGUGCCGCGCGCCAGAGUUUCGAUGACCGUGUUCCGGAGAUCCUGGCGGCUUGGCAGGAGAAGAAUCCUAAUCUGCCUGCUUUGUGGACGCUUGCUUGGUUGUAG